CGAUCGCUUGCAUAAUACUUUGUCCCAAGCCGCAUUUACAUGUAGGACGCCAUAACCGUGAAGUUAGUAUAAAUCGCUUUAUAUCAUAUAUAUAUAUAUAUCUUGAAAUCUCUGAAAAUGAACGCCGAUUCAGCAUUCGAAGCUCUCAAGUUCUGCCAAGCUGCAUUUUCUGGUAUUUUAGCUGGAAGCGCUCUUUACAUCACGCUUAUUGAACACCCAGCUCGUAUGGCAAUCGAAGAUACCGAGUCUUUACAUACGCAAUUCCUCGAUAGCUUCAACCGUGCUGCUCGCUUCAUGGCAGUUGGCUCUAUCUUUCCAAUGGGUAGUGGAAUCGCUUGCUACAUUUUAAAUCCAAGCAAAGGCCUUCCUUACUUGAUUGUAGCAGGAGCUCUUUUCUUCAAUGCACCGUACUCCUUCGUCUUUCUCAUCCCGAACUACGUCACGCCAGUCAAAGAUAAGUACUCAGUGGUCUCAAAGAAGUUACCCGAGAGAGAAAUCAGAGAUACCAUCAAUGGAUGGGCUUUGUAUCACAAAGUGAGGACCCUCGUUGAUGUUGGAAGUUUCAUCUACUGCAUCUACAAUGUCGUCUAUGGCUAAAACCAGGAAUGGAAACACUGGUCUUUGGACUGUGUGGAUUGAUUGAGUCGUCUUGAUCAUGAGUGUAACUUUUACGAACUUUAGAAAUGUGGUAGUGAUUAUAUAUUUAGUGGUUUUAGGAGAGAUUGGGUGCUAUUUAUGAAAAGAUGUACAAACUCUAUCAAUUUUUCUUUGAAGAAUAGAUAAUGGGAUUUCAAUCUGUCAUUUUUUAAGUGAAAACCUAAAUAAAAAUU